GAGGGCGGGGCCAGCGCUGGGAGCGGGAUCGCAGCGGAGCAACGCGAUGGUGCUGGGACUGGGGCUGGGGCUGCUCCUGGGGCUCCUGGGGGACCCGGGGGCCGCGACGAGGGUUCUCCACUCGUUGCAUUACCUGGAGGUGGCGGUGUCAGAGCCCAGCCCGAGGAUUCCCCAGUUCGUGGCCGUUGGGUACCUGGACGGGAUCCUCUUCGUGCGCUGCGACAGUGAGUGGGGCCGGGCGGAGCCGCAGACACAGUGGAUAAAGGAUGGAGUCGAGCCAGGAUAUUGGGAUGGGCAGACCGAGCUCUGCAAGAGGCGCCAGCAUGCGGCUACCUGGAACCUGGAGACAGUACGAGACUGGUACAACCAGAGCAGGGGUCUCCAUACAUGGUUGCGAGUUUACGGCUGUGAUCUCCUGUCUGAUGGGAGCAUCCGUGGAUCCAGCCGGUACAGCUACGACGGGCGGGAUUUCCUCUUCUUUGACGUGGAAUCCAGGAGAUUUGUGGCAGCCGACAGUGUUGCUGAGGUCAGCAGGAGGUACAGGGAAGAUGAGAACGUGGCUGAGGAGUGGACGAAUUACCUGGAGCGUGUCUGCCCAGAAUGGCUCCAGGAAUACGUCGGAUAUGGGCAGAAGGAGCUGGACCGCAAAGAGCUCCCUGAUGUCCAUGUGUCCGGAAAAGAGGAAUACGGGAUGCUGAUCUUGUCCUGCCACGUGUACGGAUUCUACCCCCGCACCAUUGCAGUCAACUGGAUGAAGGGGGAUGAAAUCCGGGACCAGGAGACGGAGUGGGGUGGGGUCGUUCCUAACAGCGACGGCACUUUCCACACCUGGGCCAGGAUCGAGGCACGGCCGGAGGAGCGGGAGCAAUACCGGUGCCGGGUGGAGCAUCCAGGAAUGUUGGAGCCUGGGAUCUUCACUUGGGAACCAAAAUCUGGCGGGAAUCUCACCGUGGUGGUUGCUGUGUCUAUUAUCGCUGCCAUCAUCAUCCUCAUUGUCCUCAUCGGAUUCGUUGUCUGGAAGUGCCAAUCCGGGAAGAAGGACAGGAAGGGAUACAACAUGGCUUCCAGAAAUUAUCUGGGAACAACAUCUUGAGUGCAGCAGUCACCGCCUGAGCGAUCCACGGUGCUGGAUCUGGCCACUUCCCUCUUUCCAGGAAACAAAGAGCUGCCAGCAGAGCUCAUCCCGCUGCUACAAGCCACCCACAGUUCUUGCUAAUUAAUCAAUUUCCCAUUUUCCUGUGUUUUAAACCCAGGAACCACAAAUAUUCCCAAUGCUUUAGUUCUGGUGUGAAAUUAUCCUGCUUUGGGCAAUAAAUCCUGCUUGGGGCAAUAAAUCCGGAUUCCCUCC